AUGAUUUCUGAAAAGGCAGCAACGGCACUGGCUACGAUUGGGACGGUUUGUUGGUGCGUUCAAUUGAUCCCGCAAAUUAUAUACAAUUACAGAAGGAAAGAUUGUGAAGGCCUUCCACCGGUGAUGUUGCUUCUCUGGGUUGUCAGCGGUAUACCAUUCGCAAUAUACUUCAUGGUCACAAAGGGAAACAUCAUUCUGCAAGUUCAACCCCAUCUGUUCAUGUUUUUCUGUGGAGUUAGUUACGUGCAAUCGCUAUACUAUCCCCCAGUGCAGUGGGACAAACGCAAAAUUAUUAUGGCAGUGGCAGCCAUAGCCUUAAUCGAUGUGGGUAUGGAAAUAGGGUUCACACUUUGGCUGCGGCCACUUUACGCCCGCGGGGUGCAUUGGCCCAGUUUAAUUUUUGGCAUUCUUGCCUCAGUACUGCUGGCCUUGGGUCUCAUUCCUCCCUAUUUUGAGCUGGCCAAGCGACAGGGUCGUGUUGUGGGUAUAAACUUUGUGUUCCUGUUUGUGGACUCAUUGGGCGCGUGGCUAUCAAUUGCCAGUGUCAUCGUAGGUAACAUGGAUAUCAUGGGCAUAGUACUCUAUGGCGUGGUAGCGGCACUCGAAAUUGGAAUAUUUGCCUCGCACAUUGUGUGGUGCUGUAGGUUUCGUUGGUCUAAAAAAAGAAAUGGGCUUUCUGACCCGGAAUAUAUCGCUUCCGAACCUGAAAAGAGCAAGUGCCUAAGCAUUGAUAUACAUGAUGAAAGCUUAGGGGCAUCGGAUCACAAUAGAGAGUAA